AUUAAAGCCAUGCGAGGAUUGGUAUUUGCUGCUCUGGCGGCAGUCGCAGCCGCCAGCGACGUGCUGGAACUCGGCAAGGACACGUUCAGGUCGACUGUCGACAGCUCAGAUCUUCUCCUGGCAGAGUUCUUUGCGCCCUGGUGUGGUCACUGCAAGGCUCUUGCUCCCCACUACGAGGAGGCAGCUACUGCGCUCAAGGAGUCCAACAUCAAGCUCGCCAAGAUCGACUGCACACAAGAAGCUGAUCUUUGUGCAGAGCUCGGUGUCAAUGGUUACCCCACACUCAAGGUCUUCCGCAACGGCAAGGAAGCUGACUACGCUGGCACUCGAGAAGCGCCUGGCAUCAUCAGCUACAUGAAAAAGCAAGCACUACCGGCCGUCUCUGAUGUCACCUCGAGCAAUCACGACGAGUUCAGCAAGACGGACAAGGUCGUCAUCAUUGCCUACCUCGACUCAACCGACACUGAGCACAAGGAGACCUUCACCAAAUUUGCCAACACCCACCGCGACAGCUACGUCUUUGGCUUGACCCACGAUAGCUCGCUUGCCGGUGCAUCGGGUGCAAAGAUUGUCCUGCACAAGUCGUUCGAUGAGGGCAGGAAUGACUUCCCUUCCAGCUCGUUCACUGAGGAUUCGCUCCUUGAGUUCGUCAAGACUUACGACACCCCUCUGCUCGAUGAGAUCUCGCCCGACAACUUUGCCAAGUACGCAGAAUCCGGCCUGCCGCUCGCCUACGUCUUUGUCGAACGAACAGAUGAGAGCCGUGAGGCGCUCGUCAAGUCGCUCGAGCCACUCGCUCGCGAAGUCAAAGGCAAGGUCAACCUCGUCUGGAUUGACGCGCUCAAGUUUGGCGAUCACGCAAAGUCUCUCAACCUUGAAGACGCCAAGUGGCCCGCCUUUGCGAUCCAGGAUGUUCAAGAGGCCACCAAGUUCCCUCUUGAUCAAUCUCUUACUGUCGACCCUGAGAACGUCGGCGCAUUCGUUCGCAAAUACUUGAAGGGCGAGAUUGAGCCUAGCAUCAAGAGCGAGGCUGUGCCCGCUACUCAAGACGAAUCUGUCUACGUUCUCGUAACGUCAGAAUUUGAAAAGGUCGCACUUGACGACAGCAAGGAUGUUUUCCUCGAGAUCUAUGCGCCUUGGUGUGGACACUGCAAGCGCCUGAAGCCCAUCUGGGAGCAGCUGGCAGACCAAUUCAGCGAGCACAAGGACAAGUUCCUCGUUGCCAAGCUUGACGGAACUGCCAACGACAUCCCGCCUACCGCAGGCGGUAAGAUCGCUGGUUUCCCUACCAUUCGAUUCAAGCCAGCUGGCUCGAAAGAAUGGAUCGAAUACGAAGGCGAUCGCAGCAUCGAAGAUCUCAUCUCGUUUGCAGAGAGCAAGAGCGCCAACCAGGUCAAGUCCAAGGGCGACCUGCCGACGUUUGAAGCCGAAGGCUCCGGGGAUGAAGCCAGCGAUGAUGAGGAAGAAGCUGCCCAUGAUGAGCUCUAGAUGCUAUGCUUUGAAUCUUUUCCGGGAUCUGUCAAACGCAACCUGUAGCUACAAUGAUGCAACAAACUGC